CCCCCGCCGCGAUGGCGGCCCCCGCUCUGCUGGCGCUGGCCCUGGGCGCCCUGGGCGCCGCGGCAGUGCCCCCCGAGGGUCCCUUCAUGUCCCUGUCAACCUCGGACCCGAUGGUGAGGAAGCCCUUCAAGGUCACCUGCAGCAGCGCCGUCCCCGCCACCAACGUCACCAUCACCGCCAACGACCGCGUGUGGCCGGUGGCACUGAGCCGGGACGGCCUCCAGGCCACCGCCGAGGUCACCGUAACCGAGGAGGGCGAUGCCCGGCUGGGCUGCACCGUCCUCGUGGGCAGCAGGAAGCUCCAGACCGGCCGCACCGUCCCGGUCUUCUAUGUCCCCAUGCCGCUGUUGGACGUCGCCAACGCCACCGAGGCUGGCACGGAGCUGAGGGGAAGGUGCUCCAUGCCGCCUGAAGCCGGCAGUGACGUCCAGGUGAGGGUGGUGGCACAUGGCCCAGGGGACCUGGUGGAUUUUACAAAGCCCCCGGUGAACUUCAGCCUGACCGCGACGGAGGAGGACGCGGAGGGGGAGCUGGUGGUGACCUGUGAGGCCAGGAUGCCUCCCUACUCCUCGAGGAGCAAAUCCCAGCGGAUCCGUGUGCUGGUCAAACCACGGCUGGACAUCGAGCUGUGCCCCCCGCAGCAGAACUGGACAGAGGGGCAGGAGGGGACCCUGAACUGCAGCGCCAAGGGCACACCUGAGCCGCGGGUGAGCUGUUCCAAGGACGGGCAUUCCCUCAUCCCUGGCUCCAUCCGCCCGGUUUACCGCGCCCACGCCGGCACCUACCUGUGCCAGGCCACCAACGAGCUGGGGACAGCCGAGCUCAACGUCACCGUCUGGGUGCAGGAUGUCUCGGAUGUCUCGGUGCCGCUGCUCCCGGUGCUCCUGGGGACGCUGCUGCCGGUGGCCGCCGUCCUGCUGAUCCUGGCCGGGGGCUACUGGCUCUACCGCCAGGGCAAGAUCGGCGAGUACCGGCUCUGGAAGCGGCAGCCGCCGCCGGACGCGCAGCCCCUGCGGCCCCAGGGCAGCUCCCAGGCGGCCGCGGCCGCUCCCAACGGAUGCGCGGCCCCGUAGGCGGGGAGAGGCCGUGGAGGGGCGGGGAGCCCCUGCCCGUCCCUCCGCCGCGGCCACCGAGGGGACGGCGACAGCGGGCACCGGCCAGGGCCGAGCGGUGGAUGCGGCUCCCAGGGAUGAAUGGAGAUGGACUGGGAUGGACCGGGAUGGACUGGGAUGGACGGAGAUGGACUGGGAUGGACCGGGAUGGACUGGGAUGGACCGGGAUGGUGAGACCCAGCCGGGCCCCGGCGUGGAUCUCCGGGUUUCGCUCCAGAUUUUAUCCCUCGAACGUUUUUUGGGGUGGAUUUGGUGACUCUGGAGGUCGCGGAGCUGCCCGGGCGGAGCAUCCGGGUUGCAUCCCGCGCAUUUCGGAGCUGGCGGGGGGACAGGAGCAGGAGGGAGGGGACAGAGAGGCGACAGUGGCGCGUCCCACCAAUAAA